UCAAGUGUCUUCAAAUCAAUAAUUACUUAUCAGGUAUUAUCAGUAAAAGUAAUUAUUGUCAAUGGUCCUUCGAAACUAACUAGUUUUUAAACAGAAUUCUGUACAACUCGAUUAAGUCACACUGCUAAUAGGUCAAGCCACGCUACAGUCGUGUCAAAGAAAGAGUGUUGAGCACUUUGCUUAGUCUAAAAGCUGAAUUCAGCCACUCCAGGGAUGUACCCGAGAAGAACUCCAAUUAGUCAUGAAGCAUCUCAGCGUAUCACUUAUCUCAACAGAAUCAGAAGACUUAGGGUAUAUCAUGCUCGCAUCAAAUUUGGUGAAUUUGGCCCAAGUCUCACCGAACCUGUAGAACCUGAAUACAGGCCAUUGCCCCACGGUGUAACAAUUGAUGCAAAACUAGGUGCCUACGAAGAAGGUUUCUAUAGCAUUGCAAUCAAGUAUCUUCCCCGUGACGAAGCUGUUGCCAUCAUCAACAUCAGAGUGAACGCUGAUUAUGCAAGAUACCUAAACUUCCUGAGAGGAUUACCGACUUGUGAGCCAACGCCAAGAGAACAAAUUCAUCCAGAGAUUCCCUUGCCAGGUGUGCUCCAGCACCCAACACCACGAGCACCAGACUACGGAAGCACUCCGAUUGCAAGAUUUUACGGGUACCAAGGACCUAGAAGCCAUCCGAGGUCGCGUGGUCAAUCUACCGUUGCAGAGCAGUCAACAUCUGUAGCAACCAGGAACGUGGUCGUUCGCAGCCUUCUCGAAAACGAAAGAAGAAGAGAGGCUGAGGUUAUUGAACAAGAAGUCGGUGCAGAAGGUACAGAAGACAUCACUGAAGUGGAGACGAAUUUUUCGAUCAGAACAAACGAUUCUGAGACUGUCAUUCAAGAAGAAAGUGAAGUAGAGGAAACAGUGAAAGGAGAAAGUGAAGAAAGCGGUUCGACCACAUCUGAGGAAUUCAUCUUGUCCAUCAACGAACGAGAAUUUUGAAAACCCUCAGUGAAUUUGCUCAAGAAGAGGCUUCA